AUGAAUUUGAAGGAUCUUGUUCCUGAAGAACGUAUGAAAAUCGCUGCUCUUUUAGCAGAGAAAAAGAGUACAAAUGAAAAUUCAUGGAUGUAUGAGAAACCGAAAGAUGAUCCUGAAGCAUUUUUGUUGGGAAAACAAGUUCAAAGCUUAAACCAAAUUCAGGAAAUUGGUAAAGAAUAUGACGAAUCACCUGCUCAACGACUUGCUAGAUUUGAUAUGGAAGCCAAAUUUCGUGAAGAUCCCCUGACAAUUAUGAAGCAAAGAGAAGCGGAAAAACGAAUAGAACUGCUUCAGAAUACAGCUAAAGUUAGGAAACUUCGAAGACUUCUAACAGAGCAAAAAUUGCGUAAAGAAAAACGUAAAAGUAAAAAACAUUUAAAACAAAAACGUCUGCAUAAAAGUUCAGAUGAAUCAGAGGGAGGUAGUUCAGAUGAUGAAUUACUGAAUAAGUUCAUUGAAAUUAUUCAUCAAUCUAAUGAACUGAAAGAGGAUAGCUCACAGAAAUCUAUGGAUAAAUGUAGUAAAGAAUCAUCUAGUACUGUUAAAAAACAACUUUCAAAUUCUUGUGAUCAGGAACAUGCACUUUCAGACCAAAAGUGUUCAAAUGUGAACAGAAAACAUCAUUCAGAACGUAAUCAAUCAAUUUCAUCCUGUUCAGAAAGAUCUAACUAUCACAAAUCAUCAUCGAAUCGACGAAAGUUAUCCAAAGAAGAAAUCGAAGCUAAGCGAGCCCAGAUGAUUUCUGAUGCAAAAGAACAUGAAAAAGAACGUUUACAUCGUUCCACUACUCACUAUAAGAUAAAAAAGAAUGAAGAGGAAAGGGAAUUAGCCUCGAAAUUUUCUCAUGGACCAUCAUUUAUUAGUCAUUUAAAAAACCAACACGUUGACAGGACUACUUUAGAAGAAGGUAUUCAUCGUAAGGCUAGUAAUCGUCAGAAAGGGGAGCUUCAUGAUAAUUUUAUCAAACGUUAG